GGAUUUCCUGCCCCGUGGCUCUGGGAUCGUCACCCGGCGGCCCCUCAUCCUGCAGCUCAUCUUCUCCAAGACAGAAUACGCCGAGUUCCUGCACUGCAAAUCCAAGAAGUUCACGGAUUUCGAUGAGGUGCGGCAGGAGAUCGAGGCCGAAACCGACCGGGUGACGGGGACGAACAAGGGCAUCUCCCCCGUGCCCAUCAACCUCCGCGUGUACUCCCCGCACGUGUUGAACCUGACCCUGAUUGACCUGCCCGGGAUCACCAAGGUGCCCGUGGGGGACCAGCCGCAGGACAUCGAGUACCAGAUCAAGGACAUGAUCCUGCAGUUCAUCAGCAGGGAGAGCAGCCUCAUCCUCGCCGUCACGCCGGCCAACAUGGACCUGGCCAACUCGGAUGCCCUCAAGAUGGCAAAGGAGGUGGAUCCUCAAGGNCUGCGGACGAUCGGCGUCAUCACCAAGCUGGAUCUCAUGGAUGAGGGCACGGACGCCAGGGACGUGCUGGAGAACAAGCUGCUUCCUCUACGGAGAGGCUACAUCGGUGUCGUGAACCGGAGCCAGAAGGACAUCGAUGGCAAGAAGGACAUCAGGGCCGCGCUGGCGGCCGAGCGCAAGUUCUUCCUCUCCCACCCCGCUUACCGGCACAUGGCCGACCGCAUGGGCACCCCCCACCUCCAGAAGGUCCUCAACCAGCAACUGACCAACCACAUCCGGGAGACGCUGCCGUCGCUGCGCAGCAAGCUCCAGAGCCAGCUCCUGUCCCUGGAGAAGGAGGUGGAGGAGUUCAAGAACUUCCGGCCCGAUGAUCCCACGCGGAAAACCAAAGCUCUGCUGCAGAUGGUCCAGCAGUUUGGUGUGGACUUCGAGAAGCGGAUCGAGGGCUCCGGGGACCAGGUGGACACGCUGGAGCUCUCCGGUGGCGCCCGGAUCAACCGCAUUUUCCAUGAGAGGUUCCCCUUUGAGCUGGUGAAGAUGGAGUUUGAUGAGAAGGAUUUGAGGCGAGAGAUCAGCUACGCCAUCAAAAACAUUCAUGGAGUGAGGACAGGGCUCUUCACCCCAGACCUGGCAUUCGAGGCCAUCGUGAAGAAGCAGGUGGUGAAGCUGAAGGAGCCGUGUCUCAAGUGCGUCGACCUCGUCAUCCAGGAGCUGAUCAACACCGUGCGGCAGUGCACCAGUAAGCUUGGUUCCUACCCCAGGUUACGGGAGGAGACGGAGCGGAUCGUCACCACGCACAUCCGGGAGCGCGAGGGCAAAACCAAGGACCAGAUCCUGCUGCUCAUUGACAUCGAGCUCUCCUACAUCAACACCAACCACGAGGACUUCAUUGGGUUUGCCAACGCGCAGCAGCGGAACACCCAGGCCAACAAGAAAAGAGCCAUCCCCAACCAGGGUGAGAUUCUGGUGAUCCGCAGGGGCUGGCUGACCAUCAACAACAUCAGCAUCAUGAAGGGAGGCUCCAAGGAAUACUGGUUCGUGCUGACGGCAGAGUCUUUGUCCUGGUACAAGGAUGAGGAG